AAUUUAUAGGUCCCCGCGUUAAUCACGUAGGGCUCAGCUUUAAGUCUAAACAAAAGAAAAUUAGCAAAAUCAUUGCGUAUGGAAGCAGAGAAGAAAUGUCCAAAAUACACUGGAAGCCAGCUAUGCUGCGCUACAUCAAUCAUCCCCCCCGGCAGCCUUUUCUGUUUGGUCUUUCCUCGCCUGCCCUCCAUCGGAAACAGGGAACAUUGAUGCUGCAGAGGCUAAACGAGAGGAACAUUAUUUGCUUUGCCCCGAAGAGUCUAGUUUUGCUCCCAGACGCUUUGACUGUUGCUGACGGUGUGUGUUACUGUUGGGGGGAGGUGGAGAGGGGAUCGAUGUAGGAAUAACAGGGGCAGACAAGAGGCAACUGAAAAGCACCAACAUCCAACUUUUGGUGCCUCUCUGCUUCCCUCCGCAGAGCCUCCCUCUGCUUUGCUCUGUUCCUGCUCCUGGAGGGGGAGAAAACUGGCCCCACGCCGGGCAGUGUUUCAGGCCGAGGCUUGUCCCUCCCAGCUCCCCCCAGUUCCCCUCUUGCCAUCCGCUCCCUGAGCAACCCCAGCUCACACGGUGGAGGGGACCUGGGCGCGUCUCCUCCUCCCACCCAAGCCCCGGCUCUUUGUCCAACAGGCUGCUCCGCCGCUGCCUCUCGCCCCGGCUCCUGCCUAGCCGGUCCUUCCGUGCGGACAAGGCGGCUCCACCCGCAGCUCCGGCCCCCGAGCAUCCUGCCCGGCUGCGGGAGCGGGCGGCGGCGCGCGAGGGUACCAAGGAAGAUAACGGAGGGUCGAAAUAAUAAAUGACUCUACAGAACGAACUAGCGCCCAGAUUUCUGCUAGAACCUCGGGAGUCUCACGUGCUCGCUUGCCAGGAAGAGCAGAAAUGGGUUAAAACAACAUUGUCCUCGUUAACUGUUGGCAUCAGGUGAAUACUGUGCUAGCGUCGCAUUAUUAAAACAACCAGGAUACAGAUCUACAAGGCAAACUAAAGGUUUCAACUGCUAUUCAGCGCCUCCUCAUUUGUCCCGGAGCCCUAACAGUGGUGCCUUUUCUUCCCUGGCUGCUUUCCCCUGCUUCUGGAGCAGCAGUUAUGGUAGAAGCAGAUGGCUACUGAUUGGCACUGAAGACAUUACCUGUGUCCCCAAAUUGCACCAAAGACAGUCAAGGAACAUGGUCCUUGGUCAUGAGGCUUUCACCUAUGGCUGCGGUGUACCAAGCAGAUCGGGGUUGGUUUCCCGGCGGGACAAAGCCAUGGGAGAGCUCAGGGAUUCUCCUCGCCUCGGUGCUGAGAGGAAUGGAGGAGACCGGCGUUCAAAGGGGUAUAUGGGAUGGAGACGCCAAGGCAGUCCAGCAAUGUUUGACGGAUAUUUUCACCAGCGUUUACACCACCUGCGAUAUCCCGGAAAAUGCGAUCUUCGGCCCUUGUGUACUGAGCCACACUUCUCUGUAUGACAGCAUCGCUUUCAUAGCGCUUAAAUCCACUGACAAGAGAACCGUCCCUUAUAUAUUCCGGGUGGACACUUCAGCAGCAAAUGGCUCCUCCGAAGGUCUAAUGUGGCUCCGUCUGGUCCAGUCAGCCAGAGAUAAAGAAGAACAGAACCUAGAAGCUUACAUCAAAAAUGGACAAUUGUUUUAUCGGUCCCUUCGCAGGAUCGCCAAAGACGAGGAGUUAUUAGUUUGGUAUGGGAAAGAACUGACGGAAUUACUGUUGCUCAGUACCGCCAGAUCCCACAGCAAGAUGAACGGGUCGGCCCCGCACACCUGCCUAGAGUGCAGCCAGCGUUUCCAGUUCGAGUUCCCCUACGCGGCCCACCUGCGGUUCCGCUGCCCCAAGAGGCUGCCCAGCUCGGAGCCCAGCCCCGCCGAGGAGCCGCGCGGCAAGGACAGCGCCAAGGAGCCGGCGGCCAGCCUGGGGCCCGGAGCCAACAAAUACUGCAAGCCCGGCGGGCCGCUCCGCGGGCACUACCCGGGCCCCGGCCAGGACAGCGGCAACGCCAAACCCUCCACGGACUUCCACAACCUGGCCCGCGAGCUGGAGAACUCCCGGGCGGGCGGCAGCUCCCCCAGCCGGGGCGCGGGCGGCAAAGCCAAGCGCAGGUACCCGGAGGAGCCGGGCGAGGAGCGGGGCCAGGGGGCCGGCAGGGGGCGCUUGCCCUCCUCCCCCAAGGAGGAGCUGGUGUGCACCCCGCAGCAGCAGUACCGGCCGGCGGGCAGCUACUUCGGCCUGGAGGAGAGCGGCCGCCUCUUCGGGCCGCCCAGCCCCGAGACGGGCGAGGCCAAGCGCAGCGCCUUCGUGGAGGUGAAGAAAGCCUCGCGCGGGCUGGAGGCCGAGGCGGCGGCGGAGGAGGCGGCGGAGCAGCAGCAGCAGCAGCAGCGCGCCUCGCCCGCCGGCGCCGGGGACUCGCUGCUGGGCGCCCGGCCGGGCGGGCCGCUCUCCGGGGGCAGCCCGGCGCGGGGCAGCGCCUUCACCACGGUGCCGCAGCUGGGCGGCAAGGCGGAGGAGCGGAAAAGCGCCUUCUCCCAGCCCGCCCGCUCCGCCUUCCCGCCGCACGUGGCGCCGCUGGGGCUGGCCCAGAAGCUGGGCGGCCUGGGCGAGCCCUGCCCGGAGGCCGCCGCCCGCCUGUACCCGGCCGAUCCGCUGGCCGCCAAGCUGCCCGGCGCUGCCGAGCUGCCCGGCGCCGGCGGGGCGCCCAAGCAGAGCCCCUUCCUCUACGCCACCGCCUUCUGGCCCAAGAGCUCGGUGGCGGCGGCGGCCGGGCCGCUCCAGCUGCAGCUGCCCUCGGCCCUGACCCUGCUGCCGCCCUCCUUCACCUCGCUGUGCCUGCCGGCCCAGAACUGGUGCGCCAAGUGCAACGCCUCCUUCCGCAUGACCUCCGACCUGGUGUACCACAUGCGCUCGCACCACAAGAAGGAGUACGCCCUGGAGCCGCUGGUCAAGCGCCGCCGCGAGGAGAAGCUCAAGUGCCCCAUCUGCAACGAGUCCUUCCGCGAGCGCCACCACCUCUCCCGGCACAUGACCUCCCACAACUGAGCGGGGCCCUCCCCCGGGUAUCGGGACAGAGCCACACACGCCCUCCCAACAGCCCCC